UCGGAAAAAAAUGGCAGUAAACAGGUGUCGGUCAAAAAUUGAAGCCAAGAAGUGGCGAUGGCAUAAAAUUAAAAAAAAAUAGUAGGGGGAGGAUAAACAGAACAGAGCACACAACAACAGAUGGAUUUUUCUCACGUAGCGCGGUUCCCGUGGAACUGAUAAUUCAAUUCGCUGUCACCGAUGCUCUCGGAAAGUCUAUCCUACUUAAUUCCCUGUGUAUGUGUUUAUAUUGAUAAAAAAUGUGCGCCCCAUAAAACUAACCCCUAAGAUGCCUCAUCAGUACGGUUUGCCGGGUAUCGCCCAUGCCCAAUCACCCCCAACGCCUCCGCCCCAACAUGGGGCUAUGUAUCCACGAUUCGCGGGGGCAGUAGUCCCAGGGGGCUAUAGGGGCGAAGACCAACGUCUCACCAGAGAAGCCAUGGAGAAGUACUUACGUGAGAGAUCUGAUAUGGUAAUAGUGAUUUUACAUGCCAAAGUGGCCCAAAAGAGUUAUGGAAAUGAAAAAAGAUUCUUCUGCCCUCCACCUUGUAUUUAUUUGUUCGGUGACGGUUGGAGGUUGAGGCAAGAAAAAAUGCUUAGAGAGGGUGAAUCUGAACAGGCAGCACAAUUAUGUGCUUUUAUCGGAAUAGGGAAUUCAGACCAGGACAUGCAGCAGCUUGAUUUGAAUAAUGGAAAACAGUAUUGUGCUGCAAAGACUCUGUAUAUAUCAGAUUCUGAUAAGAGAAAACAUUUUAUGUUGUCAGUGAAAAUGUUUUAUGGUUCCGGGCAUGAUAUUGGUGUGUUUCACAGUAAAAGAAUUAAAGUGAUAUCAAAACCUUCAAAGAAGAAGCAGAGUUUAAAGAAUGCAGAUUUGUGUAUAGCUAGUGGUACUAAAGUGGCUCUAUUUAAUAGGUUAAGGUCUCAAACUGUCUCGACUAGGUACUUGCAUGUAGAAAAUGGACAUUUUCAUGCCAGUUCCACGCAAUGGGGCGCUUUCACCAUUCAUUUGCUAGAUGAUAAUGAAUCUGAGAGUGAGGAGUUUCAGGUGCGAGAUGGCUACAUACACUAUGGAUCUACUGUUAAAUUAGUUUGUUCAGUUACGGGUAUGGCUUUACCAAGAUUAAUUAUAAGAAAGGUUGACAAACAACAAGCACUCCUAGAAGCAGAUGAUCCAGUCUCCCAGCUUCAUAAGUGUGCCUUUUACAUGAAAGACACUGAAAGAAUGUACUUGUGUCUCUCCCAAGAGAGAAUCAUCCAGUUCCAAGCCACUCCUUGUCCCAAAGAACCAAACAAGGAGAUGAUUAAUGACGGAGCCUGUUGGACCAUCAUUUCCACUGAUAAGGCUGAAUAUCAGUUUUAUGAAGGGAUGGGUCCUGUUAGAUCUCCAGUAACACCUGUACCAAUAGUCCACAGUCUUCAUUUGAAUGGUGGCGGUGAUGUGGCAAUGCUGGAACUGACUGGAGAUAAUUUUUCUCCCUCUUUGCAAGUUUGGUUUGGGGAUGUGGAGGCUGAGACCAUGUACAGGUGUCAGGAGAGCAUGUUGUGUGUUGUACCUGAUAUUUCUCAGUUUAGAGGAGAGUGGUUGUGGGUAAGACAACCGACACAAGUACCAGUAUCCCUGGUAAGAAACGAUGGUAUAAUUUACGCGACCGGUUUAACGUUCACGUAUACGCCAGAACCGGGCCCGAGACCGCAUUGCGACACCGCGGACGAAAUUAUGAGGCAGCAACAGGGCCGGACUCAGCAGCCUCAAGUAGCGCAGGCGCAAACUAGUCACCCCGCGGCAAUUUCCGAUUCCGCUUGGAUGCACUGAAUGCUGUAAGUACGCGUUUAAUGAACAUUAUUUAAGAUGUUUGUUUUUCUUUAUUUUUUAAUUGAUAGUGUGUAAGAGUGGGGUUGUAUAAACUGUAAAAUACUCAAAAAUUACGAUACUAAUAGCAAUAAUAUUCGUCACUACGUUUGUAAUUUGAUGAACAACGACACUGUAAAUAUUUGUUUGUAAUUUUUUCACAAGACGGAUUUUUAUAUUUUUAUGUGUGAGUAGCUGUUUAGAAUGUACAGCGAAAUGUAUUGUCUCAAUAUAUUUAAUGUAUUUUAUAAAAAAACAUA